AUGAUUAAAAAUAAAGGCCAUUGGGUCUAUGGAGGAGCUCUGAUGCUGGCUUUGCUCGGAGCAUUCAAAUACACGAUGAAAUCCAAACAAUAGAAGCCCACAGGUCAAGUAGAAUACAGUCUACUAUAGUCCUCGGCCACUCUUGAUUACAAUAAGAAACCAGCAGGAAUUAGAAACAUCGGGAACACUUGCUUCUUGAAUUCAGUAUUACAAGUACGAUAAAUUACAUAAUUAGUGGCAUUAAGUUCAUAACCCAAUUUCAUUGAAUAUCUGUUUGAAUUGGUGCAGCAUAUCAAUGGGGAUACUACCUUAGAUUAGUAGAUCUGUUUAGAAUUGGCCAAAAUCAUGAAAUACCUCAAUAGUGACAUGGAAGUGAUCGAUGCUAACGACUUGAUCGAGCUCCUCUCAGAGGAUGCUGAUUAUUCCUUUUUUUAUCAAUAAUAGGAUUCUCAUGAACUCUUCAACAUGCUCAUGAAACACAUUGAAGAAGCGAAUAACCAAGUGAAUUCAUUUGAUCUAGCUAUGUUGAGAUCGAAACAAAUGAAAUUCAAGAAUCCUUUUCUUCAUCACACUAAGGUUCAAAUUAAGUGCAAUACUUGUAAUUAUUCUGUAAGCAUCUUCUAGUAAAUGUAGUUUAAUUCACUCAAAGUAGAAAGUAACUAUGCUUUCCAUUUCCAACUCAACCAUGCAAGAACAGUUAAACAAGCAAUCGAUUAUAUCUAGUAACCAGAAACAAUAACAGACUAUAUCUGUCUCUACUGUUCUUUGCAAUUCCUGAGAAAGAAAUACACUCUAAACGAUUAGCAGAAGAUCAUUGAUUAAUAUCUCUCAAUCAACGCUUAUGAUGAGGAUUCUUAAACCCUCAUUAAGAAGAUCAUAGAGUAACUUAAUGCAGUCCAAGACAAUCCAUUUCAAAUGGACCCAUUGAAGGCGUGUCUUAAAAGAACAGUGACACGCCAGACUCACAUUGCAAAAUAUCCAAAAACCUUCUGCUUCUUUGUCAAUAGACUCAUCGUGCAUCCCUAUUACGGAUUAGUAAAAUUGGAUCAUCCAGUUUAUUUGGAUUCUACUUUUAUGGUUGCUGACAAAGAAUACUCUCUUUCGGCAUUAGUUUGUCAUUUAGGUGAUUCCAACUCUGGCCAUUAUGUUACAUUCAAAAGGACAUUUGCAUUGGAUCUUGAAUCAUCAAUGAGUCGAGAUAAAUCAUACAAAAAAUGUGAGUGGUAUAUUACUUCUGACAUCAAAGUCACUCCAACAAAACAACCAUAACAAGGUGAAGCAUAUUUAAUUUUUUAUGACACAUAUUGA